AUGCUAUUAUUAUUAUUAUCGCUAUUAUUAUUAUUAUCGCUAUUAUUAUUAUUAUUAUUAUUAUCACCACUAUUAUUAUUAUUAUUAUUAUUAUUAUCGCUAUUAUUAUUAUUAUUAUUAUUAUUAUUAUUAUUAUUAUUAUUAUUAUUAUUAUUAUUAUCACCACUAUUAUUAUUAUUAUUAUUAUUAUCACUACUAUUAUUGUUAUUAUUAUUAUUAUUAUUAUUAUUAUUAUUAUUAUUUAGAAAUCAGCGUUUGAACAGUUGA